UCUUUAUCAAUGAACUAGUAAAGACAGAUGUGCUUUAUUGGAGCUGACGCGUGUUGGAAUUAGGUCUACUUUCCGCUUGGUUUAUUCGGAUUUUCUUUUUAAUUGUUCUUCACUGUGUUUUGCUCAUUGUCAUUCAUCUUUGACUUGGAGUAAGUCACAAAAAAAGCUUAAAAUGAAAUACGUUAUAGGAAUUGGCGGUGUGACCAAUGGUGGGAAAACCACUUUGACAAACAGGCUGAUGAAGUCACUGCCUAACUGUUGUGUGGUGCAUCAAGAUGACUUCUUUAAGAAACCUGAUCAGAUAGAAGUCGGGGCGGACGGCUUUAGACAGUGGGAUGUGAUCACAGCGCUGGACAUGGAGUCUAUGGUGAACACGAUACAUGGGUGGGCUGCCAACCCGGUGAAGUUUGCCCGCUCUCAUGGUGUCAAUGUUUCCCCUGCUGCGGAGGUGGCUGACCCGGAUCAACAGAUCCACAUUCUGAUUGUGGAGGGCUUCCUUCUGUACAACUCCAAGCCCCUGAUUGAUGUGUACAACAGGUGCUAUUACAUCUCCAUUCCAUAUGAAGAGUGCAAACGCAGGAGAAGUACAAGACAGUACACUGUUCCUGACCCGCCUGGCUUGUUUGAUGGCCAUGUGUGGCCAAUGUACUUGAAGCACAGGAAGGAAAUGGAGGAGAGCUGCUUGAACAUCGCAUAUCUGGAUGGCUUGAAAUCUAAAGAGGAGCUCUACAGCCAGGUGUAUGAGGACAUCCAGAAUACGCUAUUAAAUCGUUUAUAGCAGGAACUCCUCCAAACCUGUAUAAACCUGUAAAUAGCUCUGAAGAUCUGAAGCCUCUUUUAUUUUUACACAUUUUAUUACUUUUUAUAUUUCUUAUUGUUGUGAAUACUACUUGGCCAAAUGCCUCGAAUUAAAUAGGGUUGUUAUUGCAUUGAAAUCAUAAUCUUGUGCCCUGGAUUUUAAAUAUGUCAAUUUUGGUGGGUGUGAUCUGAAUUGCUUGUAGUUAGUCUACUCACAAAUCCACUUCUCCCACCCCCUUAUUUAUUCUACGUAUUGCAUGUUUUAUGUGUUCAUCUGACACUCCAAUUAAAAAUAUGUACCAUGGGCCUAGUUUUAGGGCAUGAAGAGAAUUUAACAAGUCUAUUUGUAGACAGAAAAUGCCCUUGUGAUGUAUUCCAAAUGUUUUUCCUUUCCGAAGAGUCAAGACGUUUACUACUAUAGAAUAGUGUUCUUAGUGGAUGCUGGAGUGAGUCAGACUGAACAAGUUGUGGGUAAUUUGUGACUGAUUUAUAGCUUAAUUAUUUUGUAAAUACCUAAUUUUUUUUGUGAUGACCUGUUGUGUACAGUAUAUAAGCCCCAUAAAACAAGAGUUGAUUUUAAAUUGACUUUGUCC